CCCAAAGGGAUCAUCUGCUCUUCCCCAAAGUGAUCAUGGCGACGACGCAAACCCCACGCGUAUUCGGCGUUGACUUCGGUGCCCAACGAUGCGUUGUGGCUGAGAGCAACGGCGACGUGGUGCUCAAUGAGCUCGGUGCUAUGACUACCGCCACUCUUGUAUCCUUCAAGGGAGAAGAGCGUCUCGUGGGCGAGUCGGCUGUGCUCUCGUCCAGUACGAACCCUCGCAACACUGUCAGCUUCCUAUCUGGACUCGUAGGCAAGCACCAAUUGGUGGACGUCCAACGCCAACUCGAGCGACUACCCGGCCAUCAACCCACCUUUGAAGUGGACGAUGCUGGCCGUGUAGUGGCUACCGUUGACUACGGCAAGGAUGACAACAAGACGCAAUUUACUGUAGAACAACUAACUGGUAUGUUGUUCGCUAAUCUGGCCACGCAGAUGAAGAAGCGCUUCCAGGACGAGUCAUUCCACGUGACACUGGCUGUGCCAUCACUGUGGGGUGACGAAGAGAAACGCGCAGUUCAUGUGGCUGCCAAGAUCGCGGGUAUUCCCAGCUUGGCCAUCAUCUCGCGCGACGCGGCACUGGCGCGCUGUUUCCACUGCAAGCAUCCCGUGGCAACUUCUGCCGACGGAGAUGUUGUUAUGGAAGCGGAGACGGCUCGUCACAUUGCCAUUGUCGACAUGGGCCACACUAGCACCAGUGUUGCGGUAGUGAAGCUUACUCCUAAUGGCGAGACGCUAUUAGCUACAGAGGCGGACGUGGAUCUUGGCGCCGAGACGCUUGAUCGUCGACUCUUUGAACAUUUCCAAAAGGAGGUACAGACAAAACAUCAGCUGAGUGUGUCACUCCACUCGAAGGAAGGCAAGCGUUUGUUCCAAGCGUGUGAGAAGCUCAAAAAGCUGCUGUCUACUAUCGGAGAAGCCAGUGUAACCGUGGAGAAUCUCGCUCCUGAGAAGGAUAUUAACAUCUCCAUCUCUCGCAAUGUGUUCGAGGAGCUUUGCUCUGCUGAACGUGCGCGUGUGACUGAGUUGUUGCAGAAGGCUCUGGAGACAUCCAAAGAGACUGUCUCCAGUGCUGACAUCGCGUCUGUGGAGAUCGUGGGCGGUGGCACUCGCAUCCCGUUCGUGCAAGAGGCCAUUAUCGCCGCGUUCCCUGCUGAACAGCAACGUAACAAUGCGCUUAUCGGUCGUAUGCUGGAUUCUACUACUGCUAUUGCUCUCGACGAUACGGUACAGUUGGCUCGCUACGUGGCUCUGGAGCAGGAACUUCAAGCGCGUGAUGCCGAGUUGGCUGCUAUUGCGCACGAGCGGAAUGCUAUUGAGGCUUUUGUGUACGAAAUGCGCUCCAAGAGCAGUGGCAAACACGGAGAUAAGCUGGAUUCAUCCAAGUUGAACCCACUUCUGGGCGCUGCUGAGGACUGGAUCUAUUCGGAAGAGUCCGAAAAUGCGACACUGGACUUGAUUCGUACAAAACAUCAGUCGAUUGAGACGGAGAUUCGCUCUGCUUGUGAGGCUUAUUUCUCGGCGGUUGAGGCUGAUGAACGUGCACUGGAGCAACAGCUUGAACUGGAAUCACAGAAGGCUGAGGCGGAGCGUCAGGCUGAAGGAGACGAAGACCACGAUACGCGUAAACUUAAGAAACCCGAACGUAUGCGUAUGGUGGCCAAGAACAAAGAGGAGGGCAACGAACUCUUCCGUGACGGCAACCACAAACACGCUGCUGCUCGCUAUGUGAAGGCUCUGACUCAUGCGUCCAAGUUCUUCGAUCUUACGGAGGCGGACAAGGAGGAGGUGAACGUCAUUAAGCUCAGUUUGUACCUCAACCUUGCGCAAUGCUACCUCAAGUUGGAGAAUUACACUAAAACAGUGGCAAAUUGCAACGAGGCGCUGGCUUUGGAUGCCAAGAGCGUCAAGGCGCUCUAUCGUCGCGCUGUGGCCUACGAGAAGGAGAACAAGCUGGAGCUAGCGGCUGACGACGUCAAGGCCGCGCUGGCCCUCGCACCUCAGGACCGCGCCGUCGUCAAGCUCGACGAGCGUCUUAAGUUGCGCCUCCGCCGCCAGCUCGACAAGGAAAAGAAAAUGUGGACAAAGGCGUUUGCAUAA